AUGACACCAUCGUCCGGCGCACGCUGGUCACGGCCCGCCCCGGCACUGGUUCUCGCGUUGGCCCUGGCGCUGGCGGCGCAGCACUGCAGCACCGUUCGCGCCGCGCCGGCCUGGAUCCCAGACAUGACGAUGAAGUUUGAGUAUCAGCUUAGUAAGGUCUUCGACGUUGCUAAAGAUUUCGACCCCAACGUCCAGGUGUACCUUCUAGACUGCUCAGACACCCCGGCAGACGCAGUGGCCGCCAUCAGGGCCCAGGGAGCUCACCCCAUCGGCUAUUUCAGGCAGGCGGCAGCCCGCGCGCGCGCGGGCCCCUGCUUCAGCGCCUAA